AAGCAUGUAUUACGACGAAGAUUUGAAUGACCUAGAAGAAGAAACCGAUGAAGUCACGCCAGAUAUUUGGCAGGAAGCUUGUUGGGUCGUCAUCAGCUCCUAUUUCGACGAGAAGGGUUUGGUACGACAACAACUGGACUCCUUUGACGAGUUCAUUCAGAUGUCAGUCCAAAGAAUAGUUGAGGAUCAGCCGCAAAUUGAACUGCAAGCAGAGUCGCAGCAUCUCUCAAGUGACGUUGAACAGCCGACUAAAUAUCUGAUCAAGUUUGAGCAAAUUUAUUUGUCGAAGCCUUCAUACUAUGAGAAGGAUGGAACACCCUCCCCAUUGAUGCCAAACGAAGCUCGGCUCCGAAAUUUAGUCUACUCUGCUCCCCUUUACGUCGACAUUUCAAAAGUUGUGAUUGAGCAUGGAAAAGAGCCCCAAGAAGUGCAAUACCAAAAAGCGUUUAUAGGAAAGAUCCCUAUUAUGUUGAGAUCAACAUACUGUCUCUUGAAUGGACUGUCGGAGCGUGAUCUGACAGAAGUCCACGAGUGUCCGUUGGAUCCAGGAGGUUAUUUUAUCAUCAACGGAUCAGAGAAAGUCUUGAUAGCUCAGGAAAAGAUGGCGUCAAAUAAUGUGUACGUGUUUCAAAAGCGCGAUUCAAAAUACUCGUAUGUUGCUGAAAUUCGAUCUUGCCUCGAUAACUCCUCGCGACCGGCAUCAACACUCUGGGUUAGCAUGAUGGCUAAGUCCGGUCAAAAUGUACGCAAAGCAGCUUAUGGACAACGAAUUGUAUGUACGUUGCCAUAUUGUAAAGCAGAGAUUCCGAUCAUGAUAGUUUUCCGUGCUCUUGGAUUUGUGGCCGAUCGUGAUAUUUUGGAACAUAUAAUAUACGACUUCGAUGAUCCCGAAAUGAUGGAAAUGGUUAAACCUUCACUGGACGAUGCUUUUGUAGUCCAGGAACAAAACGUGGCACUAAAUUUCAUCGGAGUGAGAGGAGCAAGACCAGGUGUUACGAAAGAGAAACGUAUUAAGUACGCUAAAGAUGUCCUUCAAAAAGAAAUGUUGCCUCACGUCGGUGUCUCAGAUUACUGUGAAACUAAGAAAGCGUAUUACCUGGGCUACAUGGUCCAUAGGUUGCUCCUAGCAGCCAUCGGUCGUCGUGAAGUAGACGACAGAGAUCACUAUGGUAACAAGCGGUUGGAUUUGGCGGGACCUUUGAUGGCCUACCUAUUUCGAGGGUUGUUCAGAAACCUAUGCAAAGAAGUUCGUAUGUAUGCUCAAAAGUUCAUCGACAGGCAUAAAGAUUUCAGGCUAGAGCUUGCUUUGAAAACCAGAAUUAUAACUGAUGGGCUCAAGUAUUCGUUAGCCACUGGAAAUUGGGGAGAUCAGAAGAAAGCGCAUCUGGCAAGAGCAGGUGUAUCCCAGGUGUUGAAUCGGCUGACAUUUGCAUCGACGUUGUCACAUUUGAGGCGUGUCAACUCUCCUAUUGGCCGAGACGGGAAAUUAGCAAAGCCUAGGCAGCUUCAUAAUACGCUAUGGGGUAUGUUGUGUCCGGCAGAAACACCGGAGGGUCAAGCGGUUGGUUUGGUCAAAAAUCUGGCUCUCAUGGCCUAUAUUUCUGUGGGAUCUCAGCCAAGUCCAAUCUUGGAGUUCUUGGAAGAAUGGAGCAUGGAAAAUUUGGAGGAAAUUGCUCCUAGUGCAAUUAAUGAAAGUACGAAGAUCUUUGUUAACGGUUGCUGGGUUGGCAUUCACAGAGACCCCGAGCAUCUGAUGAGUACUUUGAAAAAGCUUCGACGACAAAUGGACAUCGUUGUGUCGGAGGUGUCAAUGGUUCGAGACAUCAGAGAGAAAGAAAUCCGAAUUCUGACGGACGCUGGAAGAAUUUGCCGACCGCUGUUGAUUGUCGAAGACCAAAAGCUGCUUCUAAAACGGCACCAGAUCAACGAGUUGAAGCAAAAAGAGUAUAAUAAUUACACGUGGUCAACUUUGAUCGCCAGCGGAGUUGUUGAAUAUGUUGAUACUGCCGAAGAAGAGACUAUAAUGUGCGCAAUGACUCCUGAAGACAUCCAACAAAAGGGAUCGGGCUACUGUUCUACGUACACGCAUUGCGAGGUUCAUCCAUCUAUGAUUCUAGGAGUCUGCGCGUCUAUUAUACCGUUCCCAGAUCACAACCAGUCGCCAAGAAAUACCUACCAAAGUGCUAUGGGUAAACAAGCCAUGGGAGUGUAUAUUACGAACUACCACGUUAGGAUGGAUACCCUGGCACAUGUGCUGUAUUACCCUCAGAAGCCACUGGUAACAACCAGAUCUAUGGAAUAUCUUCGGUUCCGAGAACUCCCCGCAGGAAUCAACUCGAUUGUGGCGAUUGCUUCGUAUACUGGAUACAAUCAGGAAGAUUCUGUCAUCAUGAGUCAAAGUGCAAUUGAUAGAGGAUUCUUCAGAUCUGUAUUUUUCAGAUCGUACAAAGAAGAAGAAAGUGACAAAGGAGGCGUUGAGGAGGAGUUUGAAAAGCCGACACGAGAGACGACCAAAGGAAUGCGACAUGCCAUCUACGACAAAUUGGACGAUGACGGGAUCAUAUCUCCAGGCACACGAGUGUCAGGUGAUGACGUCAUCAUAGGAAAGACGGCGGGACUCCCGGCAGAGGAGGAUGAGUUGGCGAAUGAACACCGAAAGGAAACGAAAAAAGACUGCAGCACAUUUUUGAGGGCGAGCGAGACAGGAAUCAUUGACCAGGUGAUGGUGACGUUGAAUCAAGAGGGAAGGAAGUUCAUCAAAGUGCGAGUGAGGUCCAUCCGGACACCCCAGAUUGGAGACAAGUUUGCCAGUCGCCACGGACAGAAGGGAACGUGUGGAAUCACGUACAGACAAGAGGACAUGCCAUUCACAUGCGAAGGAAUAAUUCCGGACAUUAUCAUUAACCCUCACGCUAUUCCCAGUCGAAUGACAGUCGGCCAUUUAAUCGAAUGUCUUCAAGGCAAAGUGUCGGCCAACAAGGGCGAAAUCGGUGACGCUACACCAUUCAAUGACGCAGUCAACGUGCAAAAGAUUUCACAAGUGUUAGCUGAAUACGGAUACCAUUUAUGGGGAAAUGAAGUUAUGUACAACGGGUUCAGUGGUCGAAAAAUGAACUCGCAAAUUUAUUUGGGGCCAACUUAUUAUCAAAGACUGAAACAUAUGGUCGAUGAUAAGAUUCAUUCUAGAGCUAGAGGUCCUGUCCAGAAUCUAAAUCGACAGCCUAUGGAAGGUCGAGCGAGAGACGGAGGACUCCGUUUUGGAGAGAUGGAACGUGAUUGCCAAAUUGCUCAUGGAGCUGCCCAGUUUUUACGCGAGAGGUUGUUCGAAGUUUCGGAUCCCUAUCGAGUGCAUGUUUGCAAUUUGUGCGGUUUGAUAGCGAUCGCAAACUUGCGACAGAACAGCUUCGACUGCAAAGCGUGUAAGAACAAGACUCAAAUAUCGCAAGUGCGCAUUCCGUAUGCAUGUAAACUGUUGUUUCAAGAACUGAUGUCGAUGUCUAUUGCGCCUAGAAUGAUGGUUCAGUGAUUACCGUUGUGAGAACUUAGUGUCAUGAUAAAACGAUCGCAAACAAAAUCAACCCAUUUGAUUUGGUCAGUUAGCUAAGUUAGUUAGUCAUUAAUUACCUCUAGCAAACGAUUGCUUUGUUUUGUGUAAUGAUUGAAUCUGGGAUGGUUUUGUCUGGAAUCAUUUUGUCACUAGCCAAUAAUUGACUUUAACUAUUUCUUCGAAACAUGUUGAUAUCUGUUUGUUUUGUAGCUUAAAUUAAAAAUAAUUUUUCUGGUUUUGAUCGACCUGAAAAUUUGAUGUCUUUUUGAUCA